AUGACCGAGACAACCCUGUGCUUACCAAAUACGGAAUACUUCAACAAGUCUGCAACGCUGCCCAAGGUAUACCAGAACUUCUUGGAGUAUAAACACUGCAGAACUUUCCGGACUUUGCUGAAACCAAAGCAGUGUACAAAAGAAUUGUUUCUAUUAUUAGCUAUUAAAUCAUUAGCUUCCAACAUAGACAGGCGAGUCACAAUUCGAAACACCUGGGGAAAGGCAGGGGUUGCCAAUGGAGUUGAAAUCAAACUGGUGUUUCUUUUGGGCGAUAUCAAGGACUAUCGAGGUCAGCCACUGCAACAGAUGUUGGCCUAUGAGACCAGGCAGUUUGGUGACAUCCUUCAGUGGGACUUCCAGGACAGCUUUUUCAACUUGACGUUGAAGGAGAUUCACUUACUCCGAUGGUUUGCUGCAGACUGCCACUCGGCAAAGUUUGUUUUAAAGGGAGAUGAUGAUGUCUUUGUGAACACCAUGAAUGUACUGGAAUAUCUCAAGGGAUUGGACCCGAAUCAGGACCUUUUGGCUGGGCACAUCAUUUACAAUGCAAGACCCAAAAGGAAUAAGAAAAUUAAGUAUUUUAUUCCUGAGGUCAUGUACAAACAUAAAACAUACCCCCCCUACGCUGGUGGUGGUGGCUACAUAAUGUCUAGGAAAACUGUAUUACGCCUGCAUAAGGCAGCAUCCAAAAUAGAUCUUUUCCCAAUAGAUGAUGUGUUUGUCGGGAUGUGUUUGGUACAGUUGGGGAUAAGACCGACCCCACACAUGGGCUUCAAGACCCUUGGGGUACCUCACGCGUUUGCAUUUCACCCAUGCUUAUAUAAAGACCUCAUCGUGGUGCACAAACUGAACCCGGCAGAAAUGUGGAUGAUGUGGAGUUUAGUGACUGACACAAAAUAUAAGUGUGCGAAGAUGAAAUGA